UUUAUCUUGAUUAUUACCCUUAACUCACCGAAAUCAUUAUUGUUCUUUCAAUGGGUUGUGAGGUCAACAACAUUGACAAUGGCAAACCCAUAUAAUCCCUCCUCGCCCAAACACCAACCAAAGAAAAUGGUCUCAGUUACUUGGAGGUCUUUGAUGCCUGUAAUUAUAAUCUCCUCAUUCAUCAUAUACGAAGAGUGGGUGUCAUUUCCUUCUUGCAAAGUCCUGCCGAGCACUGCUUACAGUCCCGAUAAACAAGUCGGGAAUGAAGAUUCACCUGAGGAUCUCAAGGUUAUGAUGGUUGCUGACUUGCUGUUGCUCGGCUCUGAAGCUGGUUUAGCAAACCUCUAUUUCAGAGACUAUUACAUGUCCAAGUUUUUCAAGAAAUCUUUCCAGAGUUUGAACCCUGAUAUGCUACUAGUCUUAGGUGAUGUUUCUGCAAAAGGGUCAGAGUUGUCAAGAACAAAAUGGUUAUCGGUGAUUCAUCAAUUUCAUAACAUGUUGGGUCCGUUUCUUGACAUCCCUUUGCAUGUUAUUCUUGGUGAUAGGGAUAUCGGACAGUGUAGUGGUCUUUGUACAAAUUCUGUUAAUUGGAUAGCUAGGAAUUUUCCAGGGCUGGAUUCAUCUGGUUGUGGUGCUUUUGAAAUUAGCAAUAUCAGUUUUGUUUCACUUAAUGCUGCAGCAUUGCUUUGUGGUAUCAAUAAACUUCGAUUUGAUGUUGAGAAGGUAAUAGAAAGGGAAAGUGUGGAUCUGCAAAUGGAAAUAAAAGGCAUGGAUGAAGCAAAAAAUGAUUUUGGCAUGCUUAGGGAACUGUCUGAUGACUUUAGGGGGAGAGUAAAUGCUAUGAAAUCCAGUUCAGGUCCUGUCCUACUUCUACAUUUUCCCUUGUACCAGUCUGGAAAGACCCAUAUAGUGGAAGGUAGUACUUUGAACUCUAUCAUUGAUCCAUCAGGCAAUGUUCCAGCUUCAACAAAGAGAAAAGGCUUUUAUGGGACCGACCCUUAUGAUCCAUCUCAAACUGUCCCGCCAAAUGCUACUGAAUACAUUUUCAAUGCUCUUAAACCUAGGAUUAUUUUUAGUGCUCACACACAUGAAUUUAGUGACCACACUCACCCUGAUGGGACCCGGGAGGUAACGAUCCCAGCCAUGACAUGGAAAGUGAGGGAUGAUCCAGGUUUUAUUGUUGCAACCUUUCAAAGGAACAGAAGUACAGUAAGUGUCACAUAUUGCUUGUCGCUAGGGAAUCUCAUAUUCUAAUAGCAUAUACCUGUGCUCUGGUUCUGUUUGUAUUCUUGUUAUAGUAUCAAAUACACUAGAAUUGGAAGGUUUAAGUUGAUGUUUCUAGAAUACCUCCCAAACAUUCUGUGUUGUGCAUUAUUCACACAGUGCCACAUUUUUAC